AUGGGAUCAAGAUUAAUGCUUUAUUCUAGGCAAAUGCAUGUUCACACUAGUGGUAUCACCCUUAGAUUACUGAAGACUUUAGCCUUUUUAUUUGGAGCUGUAUCCAAGUAUUUGUCCCUUUUUUUCCAUAUAAAGGCAAAUACUACAGUUUUUGUAUUGGAGGAGGAGGAUGAGUUUCAAACCCAGGUCUUGAGCCCGGUAAGGGUGUUGCCUUGCUGGUUUUUUGAUAAUUUAGAAAUUUCACUGGUUUCUAUGUGCUUGAGCAUGCACACAAACAAUGGAAAAAUUAGGCAUCUAUUUUUAUUUUCCAAUGCGGUAAUAUCUCUGAUCCAAAAAAGGAAAAAAACUGCACUUCUGUUCAAAAUUAAUGACUUCAAUAGGUGA